AUGAAUUGUCACCAACCCUGCUGGUAUCAACAUCAACAUCAACGGCAACAACAUACAAGGAUUUAUUUGAAUCCUCAAAGAGGCAUUAAUACAUUGAGUACAAAUCAUAAAAGUUGCGUGAGUGGAAAUGUUUUAUUUGUUAUCAAUGGAAUGUUUUCUGAUGAACAACAAAAUCAGUAUCAUCGAUUCACAAUAUCUCGAUCAUCAUCGCUUCUUAUUAAAUUGAGAGUGCUCAACUUUUUGUUAAGAAUUUUACUUAUUCAUCGUCAUGUGAUGUGCUACAAUAGUUACGAGUUUAAUAUUAAUCAAAAUGUAAAUGGAGAUGUAAAUCAUUACAUUUUCCUUCAUUUAUUUUUACAUAAUCAAAUGAUACUUUGUAUUGCAACGUCAUGGCAUUGUAAUCGAAUGAAAUUUCAAAUGUUGAACGAUAAAAAUUGUCAUGAGAUUGAGAAUGGAAUUUCGACAUUAGCAACGACAAGUAAUCAUAAGCUGAAAGCGACUACAUCAAAUGAUAAUGAUAAUCAUGAGAAUGAAAAAUUUUCGAGCAGCUACCAUCAGUUCUAUCGGACAUUCCGCUCUAAUGACAGUGUUAAAUGUCAUUUGAAUGCAAUAUUAUUCCUCAUUAUACUCUGCAUUCCAUUGCUGACGGCGGCGUCAAAUGUCCAUAAUCUAAAAUAUAGCACAAACGUAGUAAAGACAAAGUAUGGAGCUUUGCGUGGCAUCGUACUAAGAACGAACCCAACCGUCGAAGCUUACUUAGGAGUUCCAUACGCCACUCCACCGUUAGGCAGCCUCAGAUAUAUGCCUCCUGUGACACCGUCAACAUGGAAAAACACUCGUUUAGCUGAUCAUUUUGCACCAGUGUGUCCACAAAGUGUACCUGUUUCGGACACAGGAAUGGAAGCUCUAUUAGAAAUGCCAAGAGGACGAUUAGCACAACUUCGUAGGAUGAAAUCCAUGUUGACCAAUCAUUCAGAAGACUGUUUGUAUUUGAAUAUGUACGUUCCACGUGAAGAUGAAACUGGUGCUUCGAUUGAAAACCCCAUGGCAACGCUCGUCUAUAUACACGGAGAAUCGUAUGAAUGGAACUCGGGAAAUUUGUACGAUGGAACUGUUCUAGCUGCUCAUAGUAAUAUCAUUGUUGUGACGAUAAAUUUUAGAUUAGGUGUACUAGGAUUUUUAAAAACUGGAACAAAAGGAAGCGCUCAGGGAAACUUCGGAUUAAUGGAUCUGGUUGCUGGAUUGCACUGGCUUAGAGAGAAUCUACCAGCAUUCAAUGGCAAUGCGAAUAUGGUGACGUUAAUGGGACAUGGACAUGGUGCUGCUUUAGCAAAUAUUUUAAUUGUUUCUCCAGUAGCUAGUGAUUUGAUUCAUCGUGCAAUCUUGAUAAGCGGCUCGGCGCUGUCACCAUGGGCAAUACAACGAGACCCGUUAUCAGUGAAGAAAAAGGUAGCAGCCGACACGGGAUGCCAUGGUGACUUAUUAGAAGAUGACUUGGCGCCUUGCUUAAGAAAGAAAAGCAUAUCGGAAUUGCUGGCAAUCAAAUUGGACCCACCCAGCUCUGCUGGAAUUGAAUUGGCUGAUUUUCCUACGCGAGAACUUCUUUUUGGCGUCACAUCUAUCGAAUCAUAUCUCGACUUCAGUGCACAAGACUUAGAAUUUGGUUUCAACGAAACGAGACGGGAUCGUAUAUUACGAACGUACGUUAGGAAUGUUUACCAUUUUCAUUUGAAUGAAAUAUUUUCGGCCUUAAAAAACGAGUACACAGACUGGGAACGUCCACCUAGAAAUCAAUUGGGAUCGAGAGAUGCUUCUUUAGAAUUACUGAGUGAUGGUCAUACGGUAGCUCCGCUUAUCAGAUUGGGUUACUUGCACAGUUUACGAGGUGGAAAGUCUUAUUUCAUGCAUUAUAAGCAUCGAACAGGUGAACGUGACUUUCCACAGAGAUACGGAACUGUUCGUGGCGAGGACGUGCCUUUCUGUUUUGGACUUCCAUUGACACCACUGUUUCCAUACAAUUACACACAGCAAGACAUUCAAACUAGUAGAAUAUUAAUUCAUUAUUUGGCAAAUUUCAUACAAACAGGGAAUCCUAACGGAGAUGCUACACCAACAUCGAAAAGUUCAAUCGAUGUGGAAUCAUUGAAACGAUUGGGUAGCAGUAGCAUUAGCCAUUAUACAGAAUCAUUGCCUGAACCUUCUUUGUUGUCAUCAUCUGAUGCUGCAGCUGCUUCCAUUUUAUUGAAGCCUUCUAACCAACAGCACACGUCCGAGCAUCGAAUGAGCUUAAAUGAUGUAAACGAUCACAAGGCUAGCAACAAUAAUGACAAUGCUAUUGUUGAAGAUUCAACAACGGCGGAGGGCGGACAUAUUGUUGAUGUUGAACCAAUCCCAAUGCAACCAUCUUCAACACAAUCGCAAUUCAUACAUCAUGCCUUAUCAUUAUCAUCAUCUACCGCGUUUAACAGCAUUCGACAUCGAAGAACAGCAAACAACAACUUAAAUGUGCGUCUCAUCAACAAACGGUACAUUGUCAAAAGAAAUUUCCCAAACAAUCAGCUAUCAAAAGCCUCCGUUGAGAUUGAUACGGAUGAUAGCAAUGAAACGGAAAUUGAUGAAGAAAAUGAUGAUUAUGUUGAACGAGAAGGGGCGGACGAUGAUGGAACGAAGCAAGACAAGCAGGAAAAUAUUUUAAAUGGUCAUGAUCGUUUGGUCGAUAAUGAUAAUGAAAGUGAUUUAGAGAAAUCGAUGAAACUUUUGGUUCCAUAUUGGGAUGCCUACGAUACUGUGAAUCAAUUAUUCUUAGAAAUCAAUACAAAGCCAGAAAUUAAAAAUCAUUAUCGCGGCCAUAAAUUAUCAAUGUGGCUCAGCUUGAUACCGCAAAUUCAUUCACCUGGCGAGUCGCCGGAUCUAUCAAUGCGCCAUCACCAUUUCAUCGAGGACAAUCCACAAUUUUAUGACGGAAAAAUUCGUUUGCAGAGCUUAGUACGUCCAACUGUCAUCAAAAUCAGUGCACCAUUAACCACCGCCUCUCCCAAACAUAAGACUGAGAAAACACCAUCACCCCUAAUGCCAUCAUUGACAACUGAAUGUCCAACAAAUACAACCAUCGUACCGACAAUAGCAGCAACACGUCCCCAACAGAAUCAAGAUAAUAGUGUCAAUAAUAAUAGUUUAUUGAGACGUCUGACGAGUACCCAUUAUCAAAGUUAUGCAACAGCUUUAACGGUUACAAUCGCUGUUGGAUGUUUUUUACUGCUACUCAAUGUUUUCAUUUUCGCUGCGAUUUAUUAUCAACGAGAAAAGCGUGCGACGUACACAAAGAAGAAAGAAGAGUUGACAGAAGCGGAAAAUUUCAAUUCGUCAUCAUCGCCUAGCAUUGAACGAUAUCAGCAGAAGGAAAGUCGCAAAUCAAGUUUGCAGAGUGUUUCAGGAACGGGGUUUGGCGAGUAUAGUUGCUAUGAUGAAAAGGUUCGAUGUAAAGAGAAGCGAGCUUUGGUUGAUUUGUGUACAGUGGAGUUACCAAUGCAUGAUUUCAAAUAUUCACCACCAUGUGGUAGUACGACCGGUAGUAUUCGUCGAUCAAUCACUCCUGAGAGUUAUGCCAAACAUUCAAUGAUGGAUCAUCGUUCAUCACAAGAUGGGUUUACUAUGUUGCCACCGACUUAUGCGCCACAAAUUAAUGGUAGUAAUAAUUUAGUUACCUAUCGCUCGAUUGCCAUUCCUAAGACUGAACUCUGUAAUCAAUCGACGCAAGCCGAUUCCCCACCGAGCCAGGUACACGACGCUAGCACAACUGUUGAAGAAAAUGACCAAGAUUUAGAUUCGGACAUUCCCGAACCACCACCACCACCCAGAUCAUCUUUCCAGUCAGGCAUUUUGAGGCAAGCAAGUGCACCAACAACGCCAGGCACAUCAAAGAAGCGAGUUCAAAUUAAAGAAAUUUCUGUUUAA